AUGGCUAUUCAGAAGGACGUUAACUUAAAUGAACCAUUGAGUGACAAAGUCCCACCUACUUUGGGAAAGACAUCGUUGACUCCAGAAUUAUCACAAGCCGCAUUAAUAUUACACGGUGAUUAUUAUAGUCAGUUGCAAGGUAGAUGUAAUAGAUAUGUUUUCUGGCAUACAUUUUCCACUACAUUCUUGAUAAUAUCAACGUCGAUUUUCACAUAUUAUAGAUUAUACGAUUAUAUUUCUGUUUCAGAAAGUAUUGGUGAAUUUUUCAGCUUUUUCAGUAAAAGCCGUGAUUUUCAAUUUCAAGUUAUGGGGGUUCUUCCAUGGCUUGUUUGUGUUUUUGGUAUAGUAGGUAUUGUUGCACAUUUUGUUAGUGAUGUUUUCAAAGAUAUUUCGGUAAAAUUACCACAAUUAAAGUACAUGGAAAAGAUUUUUGGAUUUAAUUUGAGGGAAUACGCCAAGUUGUCACAAUCGGCGUUAUUAAAGCAGAAGCGUAAUUUGACAUCUAAAGACACUGUUUUCUUGAAAAAUGGAGAGAAUACUCACCUUGUUAUAUACCGUGAUUCACCAAUUGCUAUUAUUACUUUGAAACCCUUGCUAGACGAAUCGUCCGAAUCGAAUUUCGUUAUCAAGAUUACCGGGUUACACGUUAGAAAAGCGUUCGCUAAAGUCGAUUUUGACGUUUUAUUACUUGAAUGGUCUUAUGAAAGAGCCCGUGAGCUUCUCAAGGAAUACAAGCCAAGUAAGAAUGCAAAGAUAACUUUAUUAGCUGAUGCUUUCUCCUUUGAUAAGCAACUCAUCAAGACAUUAGAAAACCAAUCUUUCCAAAAGAUUUCAUCUUCCUUUACUCUCAAUUCAUUUGAAGAUGAUUCAGGCUCCCAACCCGGGUUUUUUUCUUACGUGACAUCCACUGGUGCCUACAAAGCAUUUGGUAUCUCGAAGGACACUUAUCGCCUUACAUUACAGGACAAGACUGCAGAUAUAAUUCAAUAG